ACCCCCACAGUCAAACACAGAGUCACACACUUAAUGCUUUGUCACACUCUUUGUCAUUCGCUUUAUCUCGGUACCUCUCUGUCUCUCUCUUCGACAGCGACAGAAACUCACACAGAUACACUGAACAAACACACUCUGCAACACUUUUUACACCAACCGUUCAGACGAAGCAGCAUCGCCUCGGAUUGCUGUCCUCAGCAUGGAAAAGAAAGCGGAUGUAAAGGCCAUGAUGGCUCGCUUCCAACCGGCUGGGACGAGCAUCGAUGAGACUUCUCCACCGGCUGGAUGCAUCAAACAACCUCUGCAUCCCACCCUCUCCUCCGGCCCAACCAUACAGACGAAGAAACCUGUCCUCGAUAGCCUCUCAGGCGGUGCGAUAAAUAUUACUCCUAAACCCAAUUUUCUGAAAUCUAAAAGCGACGUAGAGGCACAUGAACCAAACAAAGCUAAAGCCCUGGCAAGCAGGUUUGGAAACAACCAGGACGACACCAACACAAAACCUUUUGUUGUCAAUAAACAGCAGCUACCCUUGAAGUCACCUUUCUCGCAGGCUCCUGAAGCGAAGGGCCCUCUACAGAAGCCCCCGCUCAACAAGCCCUCUCCGAGCGCCACUCUGUCCGACUCCAAACCGGCCUUUCCUAAACCGUCUCCGGCAUUUAACUCCAAGCCCAGCUGGGUGAAAGAAGACAGCGCUAGAGGUUUACAACAAAAACCGAGGAGCAGCAUUAUAAAAUUGCGGCAGCAAAAUGAAGAGAUGGCAGGAGGCCAUCUGGACACUGCGAACAAACCUUCGCCUCUGCCAAACACUGCGAACAAACCUUCGCCUCUGCCAAACACUGCGAACAAACCUUCGCCUCUGCCAAACUCCGCUUUUAAGCCCCCGUCCAACUUCAGGAGUGCUCAGAAUAACUUCAACAAGGAGUCAGAUAGUGGCGGGAAAGCUGACGGAGCCAACAAACCGCUCCUCAGUUCUAACUCCGUCCCUCCUCCAAAACUUCUAGCCAGUAAAAAACCUAGCAUCAAAAAACCUCAAAACCUUUCUCCUCAGAUGAGCAGCAAUAUCAGCGAUGGAGCUUCAGGCCCCAAGCGAAACCCCCUCACCAACAGUUUAGCUUUGGGCCCUGCUCCCGCCAAGCCCAACCGACCCCCCAGAGUCAACCUGGAGAGCUUUAAAAGAGGUGCUGUGGCCUCUGAUAAUGGUCCUGGCGCCUUUAAGAAACCCAUCAUCUCAACUCCUCUGGCCUCUCACCCCAGUAACCAUCUCAACCAUGUGACCCCGACUCAACCCCCACAGCCUGCAGUUCCUAGUCUGCCCCCCCGACACCCUGGAGCCAUGACCCAGGAAGAUGAAUGCUAUGAUGACGUCGAUGAAUUUAGCAAAGCUCCUCCACCUCUACCAUCAUCUACAGGUCACCCAAGUCUGAGGGCAAAGGCCCAGGAGGAAGAUGAUGAUGAUGAUGAUGAUGACGGAGAGAUGUAUGAGGAUCUUGAUGAACGAUGGGAAGAGGUUGGACAACAGCAAGAAAAGAAGAGGGAGAAAGAGGAGAAGGAGGAGAAAAAACGACUGGAGGCUGAGAAGAAAGAGCACAAGGAACGUGAGAAGAAGGAGCAAGAUGCCAGAAAGAAAUUCAAAUUGGUCGGCCCUAUUGAGGUCAUCCACCAGGGGAAGGCUCGUGUGGAUUGCCGAAGCAGUAAGAACGACCUGGCUCUGAAGCAGGGAGACUGUGUUGACAUCAUACGUGUGCAGGGCAACCCGGAGGGAAGGUGGCUGGGACGGACGCAGGACGGAUCCAUUGGUUAUGUGAAGACCACUUCAGUGGAAAUUGACUUCAACAGUCUGAAGAAUCGUCAAGCUCAGCAGGCGUACGACCCCGAGGUAUACGAUGACAUCGACGUGGUCUCUGCCGAUAAAAGUGGGAUGAAAGGACCAGGAGUUGUCCUGCCCCCGCUACCAGAUGACGAUGGAGAAAUAUAUGAUGAUAUUCUUGAUUCAAACCUGGAAGUCAGUCCUCUGGACUCCAGGUCUCCUUCUACAAAGCCUCGUAGCUUCCUGCGGAUGUUUGAGCGGAGCAGACGUACUGACAGCACUAAAGUAGUGCCUCCACCCAGCCAGUUUACUGCAGAGGGGAAUUCAGAAGGAGCAAUCAAUGAGGAUAUAUACGAUGAUGUUGACUCUCAAAAUCUGCCUCCCCCUCCUCCCAUCAGCAGCCUUCCACAUCUGAGACGCAAAAGCAAGACAGAAGAGAUGGACCCGAAGAAGCAGAAAAAGUUUGAGAAAGAGGAGAAGGAGUUCAGGAAAAAGUUUAAAUAUGAAGGGGAGAUACAGAUGCUGUACCAGGUGACCAUCUGCCCGACACUUCUCAAUAAGAAGUGGAGUGUGAAAGAGCUUCCAGUCAAAGCAGGAGAGAAACUUGACGUCAUUGUUAAAGCCGUGGACAACAAACUGAUCUGUCGGAACGAGGAUGGCAAGCUUGGCUACGUAUCGACUGGCCACAUUGAUAUGAACGAUGGAGAUAUCUACGAUGACAUUGGAGAUGAUUGCAUCUAUGACAACGAUUAGAAACAUCCUAAACUGGGUUUAUUGUUUUACACUGAUAUUGUUCAUGUUAUUUAUUAUGUUUAUUAAUAAUACAUUGGAAAAAAAUGUUUGGUUCGCCUGAUAAUCAGACAGAAUUGUCAUUCAUUAUUUAUUCAACAGCAUUAUAAUUGAUGAAUAAUUUGGACAAGUCUGAGGUUGAUUCAUAGAUCUGGAUUCUUUUUUGUUUCGUUUCCUCAAAAACAACAAAACAAAACAAUUUGAUGAGGAUAUUACUUGCAGCAUAUCAUGUAAAGUUGAAAACGUUUGUUAGAAAAGUAUUUGCAUAUGUCUGUCUGCCUUCAGAAACUCCACAGCACUGUAUGUGUACAUGUAACCUUCUACUGUGUUUUGCAUUUUUAUAAUAAUAGCUAUAUGUUGUAAACAUUACUUGGUUAUUUUGUCUUUAGUUAAUGUCCAUGAUAUGAUGCUGUGUGUAUAUUCCAUUGCUAUCUGUGCUCCCAAACUAACUCGGGUGUCUCAAGUUUUAACAUGUAGACUAAACGACUGUUCCUCUAUAACACUGUACAUACAAUUGUGAAAAACAUAAAUACAAUUUAGACUUUUCUCUA